AUGGAUUUUUACGAAUACGGUUACCACGAAGUCAUUACAAAUGCUGACAAUGUAGCAAUAGUAGCAACAGCUCACGAUAUGAUCGAGAUUAGUCAGAUGCUGACAACUGCGGCACAAAGAACCAAGGACUGGCUCACCAAUAUAGAACUAGAGUUAGCUUUUAAUAAAUUUGAAGUGAUGAACAUUACCAAAUCUAGAACACAUAAUGAAUGUGAAGUAGAAAUUGAUAACACAAAGAUCCCAGCAUCACCUAGUCUAAAGUAUCUUGAUCUCCACAUAGACCUAAAGCUAAAUUUUAGUGAACAUGCCCAUAUAGUAGCACAGAAAACAUCCAUAACAGCAAAUAAAUUAAUGAAGAUAAUGUCUAAUAUAAGCGCGACCAGGCCAAGAAGAAGUAGACUACGAGCCGAAAUCAUACGGUCGCAAAUCUUAUAUGGUGUAGAGUUCUAG